AGAGGUGUUUCAAGCGGAAAUCGAAGACUCGCGUGUAAGGUUGGCUUGUAAAACUGCAUUAUGGAACAGACGAUCGCCGCAUAUUUUAUGGCAAACGUGACAAUGCAGUUUUCAACAGACAUCGCUGCAGUAAACAAUGGAUAAACGACUGCACAGUAGAAUUUCGUGCAGUUACAUAGGAUACGAGCAUGAACAUUAUCAUAGAAGAAGAUUUCAUUUUAUAAGAGAAUGAAGCAUCAAAAUAUUCAAACAAAACGUGUACUACGACACGAUGACAUGAUAUCUCGAUAUGAUAUAUUCUAACAAUAAGAUAUUUUUUAAUGUUGAAUUUUAGUGGAGUACCAGUUGACAUCGUUCAUCGAAAUGCGUAGAUAAGUAUAAAGCAUUCACGCAUGUGAGUACGCGAUGAGACAAUAGAAGAAGCGACGCAACACUAUAAUUUUCCACGUGGUGUCAUUGGCAUCAUGAAACCUUCGAAGAUCCCUCCUUGUUACAGUGCGACAAAUAGGAUCUCUUUUGUUAUCAACAACAUCGUGGUGACUCGCGAGUGUCUACUGGACGAUUUGAGUUCCCCUCUCGGCAAUGCAUUACAAUAUCAAUCUACAACGUAACGUAAAAUAAAUCAACGAGGAGCGAACAAUGAAUUAGCACGUCAUUCGACUGCGAUCUCGACUCCAGUUCACAACAACGCGGGCAAUAGAAGAAACGAAGAGAAAGAAUAAAGAGUCAGGUAGAGAUGGAAAGUUGAUACGACCUUCAAAAGAUCGGCUGCAAUAUCAUCACCCUAGAUUCAACGCGAUGGAGUAAAUAGAAUACAAUUGUUUCAUUGUCCGGAGGUAUCGCUGUGUGGAUAAUUACUCUUUAAUGUUUCAAUUAAUGUAGCCUCGCCAUAUACGUAGAGACAAUGACCGCCGAACACUGAACGCUAGUGAGUCAAGUCAUCUAUUCUAUUGUAGACCGUCCCAUUUGUCGCCGACUCCGCUGAAUUUUGCGGGUCUCGUGGUAAUCAUAAAAUUGCCACUUGCUGCAACGAAAUUCGGAAGGAACUAUACUAAUAUCAAAUAUCAUCCGAUCCGCUGAAAUCCGCUUGUAAAUAGGAGGAAGUGCGAUCAUCACCAGCCAGCCUGUAGGUAUAAUAACAUAAGAAACACCUGCAACAUACGUAUACGUACUCACCUGACCGUAAUCUGCAGUGUUCAGAUUGUCGGUACAAAGCACAAAAAAUGCAAGUCAUUGCAGAUGAUUUUUACUUGGCGUCUUCGAACUCAUCUAGAAAUGAAAAUUUUCUUCAAAAUGCUUUUAAAUUUAGAAUUUAGCUGCCGCAAACUAUGUCGAAAGUCUGGAGAUUUUCCAACGAUAAAUUGAGUUGUUUUGAAGUAUAAACUGGCGCUUAAAGCUGAAAGUUUUUUUUACCAGUUUUGGAGAAGGAAUAAGAAGCAGGCAUGCGAUCUAUGCUCCCGCGCGCGCGGUUCAUGACGAUCUUUGACACGACGAGGGAGACCCACUUAAAAUCAACAAUAUACAGCCGGGAUCGAUAUCCCUAGUUCGCAACCCCCACCCUACACCUGCACCCCAUCGCAUCCCGUGGGAUCCCCCUCCCCCCGGAGCUACGUCGUGGCGAUUCACCCUCACCGGCGGCGCGGUUUGCCUCGAUCCUCAGUCCUCACGAGUCGCCACUUCGCGCCCACACUUCUUGAGUGUGGCGUUUACUAUAGUCUCCUAGUUUCUCUGUCGUCUCGUCGUCCUCGGCGAUAGCUCGGGGCUCCGUACUUUUUAGUAGCGAUUCAGCAAUACGUAGCGUAUUAUCCUCCCUUGGUGGCGUCUGUCCGACCGCCGUGCUCACCACUCCGACACUGUUCAAUGAGGGCGGAGACUGCGCCCUUUUGUGUCGUCUGGACCGUCGUGCAACUGUCUCGGUUUUCAUCCCUUAUCGCUAACUCACUUUCGAUAAAUUUGAUAUCACGUAUCACAGAAAUAGAUUACUGAUGAGAAACUGAAAGAAGCUGAGAGAAAUUCUACGAUACACAUCAUAGUCAUGACGACUAGAUCAAAAGACAAGGUUGUAGCAGCGUUUAGAAAGCUAUUCCGAUCCUCGGAGAAAAUUGGCGAACCCGAAGGAGCUAGUGCAGGCCCAACGAAUUCUCCUUCGCGGAGAUUACUAAGUCGUCAUCACCGUCCGGAUGCUGUAACCCCAUCGGAUGCUGCGUUACAGGAAACUCCUGGCUGCAGUCAUUCUAGCAGUUGUUUUUUCAAGGCGAAAAAAUCCGGGGCAAGCUGCUCCCAGGCUGUCCAGAGUGGUAUACCGGAACGCGGUGUUCGCCUUAGACGGCUUAUGAAAGAACUCAGCGAAGUUCAAAGGCUGCAGCACCGAAGGGACGCCGCGUUCACCGCUGAACUUGUCAAUGACAAUCUUUUCGAGUGGCACGUAAGGCUCCAUAAAGUUGACCCGGAGAGCGAACUCGCCGCUGACAUGCGGGAGCUCGAAGUUCCUUACAUAUUACUUCACGUGAUAUUUCCUGAAAAUUUUCCGUUCGCUCCACCCUUCAUGAGGGUCAUUUCGCCUCGUAUUGAGAAAGGGUUUGUCAUGGAGGGAGGAGCCAUAUGCAUGGAACUACUAACGCCACGGGGUUGGGCCAGCGCUUAUACCAUUGAAGCUGUUAUCACGCAAUUCGCCGCCAGUAUCGUUAAGGGUCAGGGACGGAUUGCCAGAAAAACAAAAAGCCAUAAAGAGUUCAACCGAAGAUCUGCCGAGGAGUCCUUCAGAAGUCUUGUCAAGACGCACGAAAAAUAUGGCUGGGUUACCCCCCCGUUGGCGGAAGGCUAACCGCGGAUAAAUUGCUCAAUAAGUGACAAAUACAAUUAACAGUCGCCUGUUUGCUGAAAGAAAAAAAAGGCGUCGUGUGUUCACGAAUAAUUGUUAUAAGCUUCGUUCGUCAUCGGAUUAUUGUAUGUGUAUACGGUAAAAAUUGUAUAUGAACUACAUCAGUACACUCUGCACCCUGCAGUCGCGCAAAUAUUUCGCAGGAUGAUGACACACCGAACGGUCCGCAGGUUCAUCGAUGAGUUAAGCCAUCAAAAAUAUUUCUUACCUUAUUCGUUGGUUCAUGCGGUUGAAUUUUUAUUAGACUAGAACGUAUACCCCAAAUACUUUUUCACGAUCACGGCGAUAUCUGUGCGGCCAUAAAUCGCAGGCGAGCAAACGACGAGCGUCCUCAGAUACCCACAGAAGUAGCAUAUUUGAAAAUGAAGUAGAAAAAAUUACGUGUAAUUUGAAACACGUGUGUAAAAAUGAACUAGUUCGUAUAAUUUUUAGACCGUACAAUCGGAAACGACUACCCCGCAAUCGUACUUUUUACACAUGAUUGCGGUGGCGGAGAAAUUUUUGCGGUUUGUCUAUUUUUAAAUCAGAAGAAUCGUGUUUUUCAGAGUCAUAAUUGAGCGGAUGGAUACAAACCGAUCAUGCGUUAAUUUAACUGCAUUCCAAAAAUAUGAAAUGUGAAUUUAUUGCCUUCGAUUUAACUGACCAACGUUAGUCCAAAAUCUAAUCGUGUUUCAACCGUCAAAAAAACGAAUCCAUACCGGACUUCGGGUCAGAGAUUAUGAAAGCGUAUGUGUGAUAGAAAAGCGUUUGCAUGUAGUUAACUCGCGGCUUUUGUACGAGGUGUAGACUUUCGAAUAAACAACCGAAACUUCUUCGAUUUGCAGUGGUCGAGCAAAUACUCCAGCGAACAAAUAGACAAACCAUACAUACACCAAAUGCUAACAAAGUUUGACUUCAAACGAUGGUUUCGAAACUUUAGAUUGUUCACUACCUACUAAGAGAAUGAAACACAAAGCCGCGGCAGGAUCUGCAAAAGCGCGUGGUUUCUAUGGUUCCAGAAAAUUACUAGAGUGUAUAUUAUGCGUUGUAUUACAACGGCAAAGGGAAUCGAUUGAUCAAAAAUAUAGCAGGAUUAACAGCUCAAAAUUUAUAAUUCACGAAAUAGGUAUAACAAAAGGGAAAAAAAAAAAAAAAAUCACCCACUACAAUAGUUUCGGAAUACGUUCUUAGUCGAUGCAACAAACGAUACAUGACGGGCGUAGAGCUAUCGUGGCUUUAAUAUCGUGUUAUCUAGAUUUAUGGCUUGAGAAUGACCGAUGACCCCGUAGUUUGACCUGCGAUUAGUAGUGUAAAGUGAUUUUAUAAGGUUAAAACUGCGGGGCGUCGGUUCUAUUUAAUUUCACGACAUUUGAACCGCUCUCCGUGCAGGUCGUUAAAUUUCUACAUCACACGUUAUACCCGGCUCCGUGAGCUAACUCGUUUUAAUUGUAUAAUCAAACAAUUUACGACGUACGCCAAUGACGCUGACAAGUUGAGUCUUUUCUUAUAAAAAAGAUUCGUGGCGUGAAAUAAUUAAGCUAACAAUAAGUAAGGUGUUCAAGCUCACGCUCACCUUAUGUACGUACGUACGUACGUACGUACCUAUACAAAUGUUCCGUGCAAUACUGAACCGAGUUCGCCAAUCGUUAAAAAUUUGAAGCGUUCAACAAGUGUCGGCGAUUGUUGUCAAGUAACUAAACUAGAGUGUUUCGCGUUUUAAUGUGUUUCACGGUUAUAUCUCUUCUAUAAGACAGUGAGAAUAAUUAUUGCAACGCGUUUCCCUGCUGGAUCGCAUGUUCGUAUAAAUUUCUCUAGUCAGAUAACAUAUACUUAUAUAAGUAACAUUCUAUAUGUGCCAAAUAAAUAUUAUUACCCCAAAAUAAAUCAAUUCGUAUUUCUCUUUC